AUGAAGCAUGAUAUUGACAUUCACUGCUCAGAAUUUGAUCACGAUCUCUAUGUAGAACUUCUAAAGAGCCCCUAUCUUCCUGUGGACUUACUGUUGGAUUCGUGGGACUCCGUUCGAUCUGCUAUUGGUAUUCUUCGGGUGGCUGUCGCUUCACACUGUGGAGGAAUAGUAGACACCUGCAUUCAAUACGUGGAGGCUGUUCCUUGGGAAGACAGUGAAGAGGACGGGAUCUUGACAGUAGUUUCACAACUGGGUCCAAUAACCAUGCCCAUAUUGGCGAGGAUCCAGCCAGUCGAUUUAAGUGCAACGAAAGAUGUUUACAUCUCUGCUAUACGUUUUGCAACUUCCAUUGAUGAUCUUGCCCCUCCAUUUGGAGAUGAGCUUAGAACUUCAGCCCAAGAACAAGUUGAAUACAUGCUUGGUGAUGACGAUGACAUGCCUUUUGUAACAGCCGAUGACGAGGUAAAAUUGGAGACUAGAAUUGGUUUGUCGAAGAUUUUUUCCUCAUUUGAAAUGGAACUAUCCUUGCUUUUGGAAUCUGAUGUAAUAGUCGAGCUAGCAGAGAACAAAAUAAUGUGUAGGUUAUCCGAUCUUGAAUGGAUGUGCAAUAUUCUGCCCAAGAUGGAUCUAAUGAAGGAUUUUAUUGCCAAAUGGGUGGAUAUUUCAAAUAACUUAUUAGCCAUUCUUGAAGACAAGAAACUUGAUUCUGUCAUGUGGGGUUUAAAACUAAAGCUGAUAGAAGUGGCAGCAAAAGUAUUGGAUGCAGUGGGCUACGGAAAUGUAAUUCUUCCAGCUUCAUCCCGAGUGCUGCUGCUCAAAUCAUGGCUUCCUUACAUAAGGAAACUGAAGCCCGUUCUCGAUUCAAUGAGCAACAAGGAUAUUGCAUUUGCUUACAAGAUGGAUGAAGACCUUUGCCAGAGUAUUGAAGGAGCAAUGGUGGCGUUAGUUUCAGCACUACCAUCAAAUGACCAAGCUGACAUUCUUGCUGACUGGAUAGACACUGAGCAGCUAAGAUAUCCCGACCUGAGUGAGGCUUUCGAACUCUGGUGUUACAGAACGAAUUUUUGUCGUGAGAUAUCUGAUAGCCUCACACACUACAGACCAUCAACACCCUGUGCUCUUCUUCAACACACUAGCAGUUUUCAUUCUGGUGGUUGCCAAGUUUCCACAUAUGCUCAAAGUUCGUAUAUUUAG